GGUAGUUUAGCCAUGGGAAAUGUGGGGUUACAGGAGUAGGAUGGGAUGCACGUUGGAGGGUCGACACAGACUCAAUGGGCUGAAUGGCCUCUUUCCACACUAUAGGGAUUCUAUGAUUUAGUGGGAAAAAUUGUUUAGUUAUUGGAUGUGCAGGCCAGGGCUUUUGUGGCACAGUGAUAGCAUCCCUAUCUCUGAACCAGGAGGCCCAGGUUCAGUCCUGCUUGCUCUAGAGAUUUGCAAUAACAUCACUGAACAGGUUGAUUAGAAAAUAUAAAUGCGAUUGAAUUGCAGUACAAUAGAUGUGGAGGCUAAGAGCUCUUGUAGUCCAGUGGUGGUGUCCCUUCAUCUGGACCAGAAGUCUAGAUUCAAGUCCAACUUGCUCCAGAGUUGUGCAGUAACAUCUGAGCAGGUUGUUUCGAAGAUAUCUGGAUGUAUAGGCCAUUGGUGUCUCUUGUGGCAAAACAGUAGUGCAUUAGAGUAUUGUUUACUGUUUUAGCUACUUUCCUGAGGAAGGUUACACUUCUCCUGGGGAGAGAGUGCAAUGGAAGAUCACAGUUUUGGGUUGUGGAAUAUUUUGAGGAGAGCAGGCCUUAUUUCCUAGAAUUUCAAAGAAUGAGAGUUGAUUUGAUUCAAACUGACAAAAUUCUUAAAAGGCAUGACAGGAGGAAUGUAGAUAUUUCUCCUUGCCAGUGAGUUUAAAACCAUGAGAUGUAAUUUCAAGUUAAAGGAUAAACCAUUUAAGAUUGACAUGAGGAGGAAAUUUCAUCUUUGACAAAAUGGUAGAUCUUUGCAGUUUUCUAAUCCAGUGAGAUGUGAAAACUCAAUCAUUGAGCAUGGUAAUGACAGAAAUCUAUAGAUUUCUGGAGACUAAUAUCAUUAAGAGUGCCACAUUCCCAAACUGAGGUAGAUGAUCAGCCGUGACCUAAUUGAAUGGUGGAGUCGGGUAUGUUGUUUAAUUUUCCAAUGUAGGAAUUUAACCAUUUUAAACUCCUGUAUUUCUCUAUGGAGGGGGUUUGGGUAGAGUGUUUUCUACUUCUGCUAAGGAAUGCCCAUGGAACUAACUCAAGUUUUAACAAUGAUUCCAGUUAGAUUUUUCAGCAAUGCACCUGACUUUGUGAGGACACGCUAUAUUUUGGAAAUGCUGCUCCAAAUUAAACUAAUUUAACUUUGUAACUGUAAGGGUAUUUGUCACCAACAGAAAUUUGUUCACAGAGACAGCUCAUCAUUGACAAUUUACUCUGGGAAAGUAUUGCAAUAAAAUAUCUAAGUAAUGUCCUAUGUUGCAGGUAGUGAUGAUGUUAUAGGCCCUGAAGACAUGGAGAAAUUCUGUGAAGAUAUUGGAGUUGAACCUGAAAAUGUGGUGAUGUUGGUGCUUGCCUGGAAGUUGGAUGCCCAGAGCAUGGGUUACUUCACUCUACAAGAAUGGUUGAAGGGAAUGACCUUAUUACAGUGUGACACAACAGAGAAACUGAGAAAUUCAUUAGAUUACUUGAGAUCAUUGUUGAAUGAACCCACAAAUUUUAAACUUGUAUACAGAUACGCCUUUGAUUUUGCCCGGGAAAAGGACCAGCGUAGUUUGGAGAUUAGCACUGCUAAAUGCAUGCUGGGACUACUUCUAGGAAAAACCUGGCCACUCUUUCCAGCCUUCCAUCAGUUCCUUGAGCAAUCCAAGUAUAAAGUGAUCAACAAGGACCAGUGGUGCAAUGUGCUCGAAUUUAGCAGAACAAUUAACCUUGAUCUUAGCAACUAUGAUGAAGAUGGGGCUUAAAACUCUUAAGUAACG